GGAAGGUCUAAUGGCAGAAGUAGAUACCUCAGGAAUUAGAAGGUUUAUACAUAGUAGCCCUACAAACCUUGCAAUCUUCAGCUCCUGUGCAGGCAUGUUGAGAUCUUUACUUGCUACUCCCCUACAACACCCAAUGGAUACCUUAAAGGUAAAUUAUCAGAUCAAUAAUAACCUGAAAAAUGAAUUUGAAGUUGUCAAAUAUAUUUAUACUGAAAGAGGAGGAAUGAAAGGGUUCUAUUAUGGACUCUCAGCUAAUCUUACAAAGCAAAUAUUCAAAUCAAGCUAUCGGUAUCCCUUACUAUCCGGACUUCCAAGGUUCUACGCUGGAAUGUUUGGUAGUAAGUAUGAAGAUAAUAAAUACAUUAUGAGGCUCUUGACUUCUCUGACAAUUGCAUUUACAGAGGCAACUCUUAUCACUCCUAUUGAGCGUUUACAAGUCUUUCUAAUGACUUCGAAGUUCUCUGAUAGUAACUACAAGGAUUUCUUUACUAUGAUAAAAAGUAGAGCAAGGAAAGAAAUUUUUAAAGGGUACAGUCCAUAUAUACUAAAACAAUGUGUUUCUUGGACUGUAUUUCUUCAAGCGGAUCAAUUCUACAAAAACAGAAUGAGAAGCAUGUUCAAUAUCCAUGAGAGAAGGAUGAUAACUGGAUGGAAGCUUGCUGCAUGCGGGCUAAUGACAAGCUUGACCACUGUUUUCUCUAUCAUGCCGUUUGAUAACAUAAAAACUUUUCUUCAAAAGCACAACAUUGAAGUAAAGGAUGGCCAUAGAGUAAAAUGCAACGAGAACCAGUUCACCAUUAAGAACGCAGUAAAGGGAAUCUAUGCCAAGAGAGGAAUUAGAGGCUUCUAUGUUGGCUGGAGGAUCAGAAUAUUGGUAAACUUCUUCAACUCCAGCUUCACUGUGGUAUUAUUAGAAUGGAUUGAUGAUUUAGCGAGAGAUUGCUAAAACUACCCCUCUUUCUUAUCUUUGGGAGGCAAAUGCCUUUCAGAGAAGAAAUAAGUUAAAUUAGUGU